CUGCUUCAUUGAUUAUAUUCCGUUACCGUUAGUGUUCGCGUGUCUUGUAUCGUCCAUCUAAGCUAAUGAAUCCGCAUCCGCAAAGGAUGAACCCGGUUCAGCCUCGGAUUAUGAACCAGAAUCCGUUGCUAAACCAGACUCAAGGCUUAAACCAUCCGAUUAUCGGUAUGAUGAAUAUGCUGAACCAGCAGCCACCGGUUAUGAUGAACAACAACCAGCCUCUGAUGAUGAAUCAUCCCCGGAGCUUCAACAACAACAACUUCUCCUCGAAAACGAACCGCAACAACAGCAAUUGGAAAGGAAAGAAGAUGAGGGAUCCAAUCAGGAGGACGUACAAUCCUCAGAUCGGAGGCGGUUACAAGCCGCCGCCGCUCAACGAGCUGCAGACUCAGAACCGUUUAAAAACUAAAAAGUUUUACCCCAAGAAGAAGUACGCUAACAACAAUAACAAUAACCGUUACGUCCCUUACGCGCCGAGGAACACGACGUCGUUUAUCAUCCGCGCCAAGAAAUCCGGCGGAAUCGCGGAGCUGGUGUCUCCGUGCCCCGUGACGCCAGCUGUGCUUCCGACGCCGAUGUUUUCGCCGUCUAGGGAGGUGUUGGGAGACAUGGCGAAGGAGGAGUGGGGCGUUGACGGUUACGGCUCAAUGAAGGGGCUGAUUAGGCUGCGACCUGAUGGAAAUGAUGAUGAUGAGGGAGGAUCGAGUGGGAGUGAUGUGGAGGAGCAUGUUGAGGUUGAGAGGAGAUUGGAUCAUGAUCUGAGCCGGUUUGAGAUGAUUUAUCCGAGUUGUGGCGGCGGGUUUGAGUACAACAAUGUGUUGGAGAGUCGAGUUGAUGAUCAGGAUAGUCAUAUUGCGCAGCUGGAGGAAGAGAAUUUGACUUUGAAGGAGAGGCUGUUCUUGAUGGAAAGGGAGGUGGGGGAUUUGAGGAGGAGGUUGCAGUAUCUUGAGACGAGGAGCGUGGUUGUUGAGAAUGAGUCUGGGAGUGAGGGGGAUGAUACUGGGGGGUCUGAUGCGCGUACUAGUGGUGACACCAAGGAGAAUCAUGUAGGUGGAGAAGAUGUUACGGUGAAUGAAGCAAAAGAGGCCCAAGCUGAAAAGAAUUGUAGGGAAGUUUCAGGUGGACAAUGUGAGGAAGCUGAUCAGGUUAUGGUUGGUAUGGAUCAGAGUAAGGAAAAUGAAGUGGGAGCUGCGAAGGUUGAAGAUGCAUGCGAGAAUGAUUCUGUUAGAGGACAAGGAACAGCCAUAUGAAGAGGGAAGGGAACCUAUGAUUGUAGGUGGUGUGAGUCUCUUAUAUGCACAGGCGUUAUUGAUAGAUUGUAUAUGUCAAAAUGUGCUUGUCUUUAUUAGGCUUUAGUCUAGUUCCCUUAUGGCUUUUGGUAUCAGAGUCGGGACUUAGGAGAGUCGCUUUCCUCUGGUGAAGUUCGUAUGAAGUCAUGAAUCAUGAUAAGCUUUCUUUUGCUGGUUCAGGUCGUGUUUUUACUUCUCUGACCUGGUUGGUUCAUCUUGUUGAUGAUAAGUUCCCUGGUUAAUAAGAUUGUAGUAAAAGCGAAGAUCAUUGUAGUGAAAGAACCUAUGGAUGAUAGAGUUUUAAGUUUCUUUCUUUUAAUUGAUUGCAUGUUUUUCUU